CAUCAACGGUACGCUCCGCUCUGCUCCGUUCUGUUCCGUACGUUCCGCUCCCCACACCGAACAGCCGUAACCCAAACGAAGCAGCCCCCCGCUCGUAUCGCACGCUCGUGACCCGCCCCAAAAAGUGAUAUCAUAAAAGCAAUAUCUCUCUCUCUCUCUCUCUGGGGAUCACCGUCUCCCUUUUCCUGCUUCCCCUGCCAAUAAAAAGGGAGUGUGCGGUUCAUUUGUUUUUUUGUGGCGCGUUUUUGUGUGUGUGUGCAAUAGAUCAAUGAUAUCGAUACAGAUACAGAUUCCCGAACAGCGGGAGAAUCGUUGAAGCGUUUGCUCCAGUUUCCCGACCCACAAAUUGGUUGCACAACAAAAUACAAAUAAAACAACAACAACAAAACCAAGGGAUUCAGAGAGAGAAGGAAUAAACGGAAGAAGAGUGGAAGGAAUAUCGUUUACCGCAAUGCGUGUUCUCAAUACAGAGCUUCGUUUGCGCUUCAAAAACCGCAGGCCGAGGCCCUUCAAUCGGGCAGCGAGUGCCGAUGAUGCUGCCAUGAUGGAUACAUCUAAUCCCGGUACACCCGCCACCACCCCCACCGAUCAGAGUAUACAUGGUGGCGGAGGAGGAACCAUCAGUAUGAACGGCAGCAUCAGCUCUCCGAACACGCCGGGCGGUGGUGGCAUUGGUGGUGGGUGCAGCAGCAGCAGCAACAACAGCAUCAAUAGCGGCAGCUACGCGAGUGUCUCCUCAGUGCCCGUCGCAUGCACACCGCCGCCGCCGACGCACCACCACCAGCAUCAGGGAGGAGGGAGAGCCGGAGGCGGAGUGCCACCGGCACCGCCGAGCGCCGCUCACGGCAAUCAGACCGGAUCAUCGGGUCAUAAGAACAGCCUCAAGGGAACGAAGCUGGCACGACGGGCGCGCUCCUUUAAAGACGACCUGAUCGAAAAGAUAUCCCUAAUGCGCACCACCAACAACACGCUGGGUCGCUCCCACUCACCGCACAGUCCGCGCACAAAGCAUGGCGUUGGCGUCAAGCCGCCACCCUCCAAUGAGGAGGUGCAGCGCUCCACACAGACGCUGGAGACGCACGUCAAGGAUAUAUCGAAUGCCCUCAAGCACUUUCGGGACGUUAUUCUGAAGAAGAAGCUCGAGGUGCUGCCCGGCAAUGGUACGGUCAUCUUGGAGACCAUUGCCAGCAUGUAUUCCGUUAUUCAAACGUAUACCCCACUGAAUGAAAACAGUGCCAUCAUGAGCUCCGCCACGCAGCAGGUUUAUCAAUCCCUGGGCAAACUCAUCAAACUCUGCGACGAGGUAAUGCUCUCCGAUGAGAGCGGAGAGUGCCCCUCCCUCAGCAACGAGAAUGUGCGCGAGGUUAUCGAUCUACUCGAGGAUGCAGUGAGGAAUCUCGUUACCCUGGCCCAGGGUAAGUUGAAGGAACAGGAUCAGUGCACCUUUCGCUACAGCGGCUCUUCGGGCCUGGGUGGCAUUGGAGCCGCAGCCGAGAUUAUGGGCGCUGUCACAGCAUCCAGUACGAACGCAGGCGGCGGGGGCGGCAUACUACCGGUUGGUGGUGUACCCGGCACCGGGAUCUCGGGCGUGGCCAGCAUGCGGAUCUCCGCUGUCGAGAACGCGGCCGUGGCACAGCGCACCUCCCUGCCGGACAUCGCCCUGUCGCCGAAGGAGCGGGCUAGCCUGGAGCAUCGGAAUGUGAAUCCCAUGCGGGGAUCCCACAGCACCGAGAGCAUACUCCGCGACACGAGUCCGCCGCCAAAGCCGCCGCUACCUAAUCGGGCCAGCAAUCCCCCACCAUUGCCACCCAAGCGACGCAGCCAGCCGCAAGCGCCACCCGGUGGCUCCUCCUCAUCCACGUCGACAUCGAACCAGGCCAGUCCGCUGCCCUAUGCGCAGUCGCACAACAUCAGCCUCAACUCGGACCUGGACUGCAGCUCCAACAUCUCGCUGCUAAACUACGGGGUGGAUCGCCUCUCGGUGCGUUCUCGUUCACCGGAUGAGAAUAGCCAGUGCUCCUUUGACUCGGCUUUGAAUCACUCUCGCGAGGAGGAGGAUCCGCAACAACACCAACAGCAACAGCAUUUGAAGCAGCCCUUGAAGCUGAUGGAAGAGGAUGCAGACAAGAUGAUAAGCUACAAAGCCGCCGGGUCCGCAAGCGCUGCUGCACAGGAAAUGACCAUGGCCAUGGCUCCAGCCAAUGCGCAGACUCAGCUGUCAGGAACCGGAGGCCCAAGUGCAGGAGGUGGAGGUGAAACUAACACGGAACUGCGCACAGCGGCGGCAGCCCUCACCAACAAUCGUCAUUCGAACGAAUCGGGUUUCGUGUCAAUGAAGUCGUUUCGCACAUCCACGCAGAGCGUCUCCAAACGCUCCUCGGACUACAGCGUGCAAUCGUCAGCUAAAUCGUCGAGCAGCAAUUCGGAGAUUGCGAUCAGUAUCAGCGAGUCGGCGUCUGCGACAGCGAGUGCGUCCAGCAGCGAGUACCAGCAGAUCAGCCAAUCGGUUAGCCACAGCAGCCAGCGGCAGCAGCAGCAGCAGCACAUCUCCAGCAGCAGCAGCAGUAGCAUGACCACCACCACCCUGAGCAGCUACAGCAGUGGCGAGCAGCAGGAGCAGGCAGCAACAACAGGGGCUGCAGCACCCGCCCUGCCACCCAAGACGACAACACCGGUAGCGACGGCAACCGGAACGGCAACAACAAGUUCGCAUCAGCGCACGUUGACGCGUCACGAAUCAAGCGCCCUAGACGAGCUGGACUGGAGUCAGGGUGCAGCGAGCAGCAGCAGCAGCAGUGCCGCAGAGGUGGCAGAACUGAGGCAACUGUCGCCGCACCAUCACCACCAGCAACAGCUGCACCAGUGGCACUCGAAGCACCACAGCCUGAUUGAGCCGCCGCGCAGUGCUCCCCACCACUUGGCUGGCAGUUGCAGCGCCUUCGAUCAGAGGCAACUCGAUGAGCCGCCGCCGUUGCCCAUUAAGAAGAAGCACAUGUUUCAAAGUGUGGCAUUCUCGGUUCUGGCCUACAUGGAGAUCUGCUCGGCCUCGACCCGCUCCAUCGAGCAGCACCGACACACGAUGCAUGCGUGCAACAUCAGCCGGAAUAUCUCCCACAGCCAGACUAUGAAUAUUAUGCCGAUGAGCAAGGAACUGUCGCCCGAGCUAGAGACGCCACCAGCCUUGCCGCCAAAGAACUACAAGCAGCGCAAGCCGGCGGCCUCUUUGCAGCCGAUAAUUGUCACCACACCGCCGCCCAGUCCAAAGCCGACACUGGGCGAGAAUGGAUCGAGCGGUGGAGGCGGCGGCGGCGGCGGGAGGCCAGACAGCCGUAUGGCCACUGUCUGUGAAGAGCAUAACGAUUCCCUCGUUCUCGACAGCAAUGAGAAUGUGAAUGUCAGCUCUGGCGAUGGCGAUGCCGAUGGCGAGGGCGAAGGCGAGAGUCAGACCUUCUAUUGCCACUCGCAUCAGCUGCCGGAUGAGCCGGUGGCAGCGACAACAUCGGCGGACAAUGACCAGCAUCAACAGCAGCAGCCCAUAAAUACGCCCAAGCUGAUCGAAGACGAACAAGAGUCGAGAGUCACCCCAGAGUCAGAGGCCGAGAAGCAGCAGGAGCAGCAGAAGCAGCAGGAUGCUGGCGAGGUGGAGACGGUGAUCAAUAUGCUGGAGGAGGUCAAUAUAACGCGCUAUCUAAUACUCAAGAAAAAGGAGGAGGACGGGCCAGAGGUCAAGGGCGGCUACAUUGACGCGCUCAUUGUGCACGCGAGCCGAGUCCAGAAGGUCGCCGACAAUGCAUUCAGCGAGGCGUUCAUCACCACCUUCCGCACCUUCAUCCAGCCGAUCGAUGUGAUCGAGAAGCUCACCCAUCGCUACACAUACUUCUUCUGCCAGGUGCAGGAUAACAAGCAGAAGGCCGCCAAAGAGACCUUCUCGCUGCUGGUGCGGGUUGUCAAUGAUUUAACAUCUACGGAUCUCACCAGCCAACUGCUUAGCCUGCUGGUGGAGUUUGUCUACCAGCUGGUCUGCUCCGGACAGCUGUAUCUGGCCAAGUUGCUGCGCAACAAGUUCGUGGAGAAGGUGACGCUCUACAAGGAGCCCAAGGUGUAUGGCUUUGUCAACGAUCUGGAGAUGGUCGGGACCAUAACCAGCAGCGGAGCCGCUGGCGGCGGCAUCGGUGGAAGCGUCGGUGGCGGUCUGUCCGGUAAUAGCAGCAGCAGCAUGAGCAGCGGCAGCAGCAAUCAUCCCAGCCUGCUGGACCUCAAGUCCCUGGACAUUGCCGAGCAGAUGACGCUGCUGGAUGCGGAGCUGUUCCAGAAGAUCGAGAUACCCGAAGUAUUACUAUUUGCCAAAGAUCAGUGCGAGGAGAAGUCGCCCAAUCUCAACAAGUUCACCGAGCACUUUAACAAGAUGUCCUACUGGGCUCGCUCCAAGAUCCUGCGACUGCACGACGCCAAGGAGCGGGAGAAGCAUGUGAAUAAGUUUAUUAAAAUCAUGAAGCAUCUGCGUAAGAUGAACAACUAUAAUUCGUAUCUGGCGCUGCUCUCGGCCCUCGAUUCGGGUCCCAUUCGAAGAUUGGAGUGGCAGAAGAGUAUCACAGAGGAGGUGCGCUCCUUUUGCGCCCUCAUCGAUUCCAGUUCCAGUUUUCGAGCCUAUCGCCAGGCCCUGGCCGAAACCAAUCCGCCCUGCAUACCCUAUAUCGGUCUGGUCCUGCAGGAUCUGACGUUUGUGCAUGUGGGCAACCAGGACUAUCUGUCCAAGGGUGUCAUCAAUUUCUCCAAACGCUGGCAGCAGUACAACAUCAUUGUGAACAUGAAGCGUUUCAAGAAGUGUGCGUAUCCGUUUAGACGAAACGAGCGGAUCAUACGGUUCUUUGAGAACUUCAAGGACUUUAUGGGCGAGGAGGAGAUGUGGCAAAUAUCGGAGAAGAUCAAGCCACGCGGACGUCGGCCUCAAAACUACUAAAAAAACACACACAAAAACAAUAACAACAACAACAGAAGAGCUG